UCUAGAGGUCAGAGUCGUCGCUACGCCUGCGUCAAAAGUGAAAGAGUCAGAUUUGAAAUUUAAACAAUCAUUUUUUUAGAGAUUUUUCAUUAAAAUUACAAAUGAAAGUUCUACUAAAGUGUACAAGUAAGUUUUCUAGAAAAGUUAAUCAACCGGAAAUGACAAAUGGCAGUUAGAAAAACUGGUAAAAUAUGAAUUAUUUAAACACUAUAGCGGCUAGUGGAGUUACUGGAGAUGUCAACCUUCAGUUGAAUAAUGUCGAAAUUUUAUACACUAAAGUGCAAAAAGUUUAUAUUAAGCCUCAACUUAAAGAAGAAAGACAAAGGGAUCUUCGGGUUAAUGUAGAAAUUCACGCAGGAAUCAGCCCAGUUUGUCGCAAGAGCCUGUGCGUUUUAUUAGCAGACGAUGACGAUCCUUGUUUUCUCUACUCUUUGUUUAUAACUGAAGACGAUUUCAAGGUCUUGAAAGCUCAACAAGGACUACUUGUUGACUUUGAUAAUUUUGCAACGCAAUUGAUUUAUCUUUUGGAACAAUGUCAAGUCCCGGCGGCGAGUUUAUCAAAAACUCCGAAAUUUCUUAUGCUCUUGUCCGAAGAGAGUGGAGAUUGGACUUUCAAAUUUGUGGAGACAAACAAUUUCAAGCACCUGUGCCAUUUAUGUUUGAACAUCGCUCCGGCAAAUGACUCGCAUAUAAAAACUCAUAUGGCUAUGAAAAUCAAACAGUUUAAGGAGAGCUUAUUACAAAAGGACCGAGAUAUUCUCGGUUUGGAAACAAGACUGUCGGAUUUAAAUUGUAAAUUGGAAUCGAAAAUAAAGGAACUUGAUCAGUUUGAACAGAAAUGGGUUGCAGAUAAAACACAGUUGCAAAUGAGUUUGGCGCAACAGAUGAAUUUAGAAAAAGAUAGAUUAUCACAACUAAAAAUGGAACUACAACAUCAGUGUGAAAGAGAACAAAUGGAAUUAGAACACAGACACAGCGAAGUCAUUAAACAACUUCAUACAGAAUUAGCUGAAUACAAAACGCAAAACAUUACGUUCAAAGACAAACAAUCAUUUCUCGAAGCAACAAAUUCGGAACAACUGAAGCAAAUACAAAUUCUGGAGAAAGAACUCAAUCUUGUUCAAAGAGAUCAUUCUCAUUUAAAGAAACAAAACUCGAAACUCGACGGCGAUUAUCAUGACAAAGACAAGACUGUAAAUAGUUUAAAAACGAAAGUUGCUGUUUUCGAACAAGAGCUGAAGGAUAAAACAAUUUUGAUAAACAAACACACGGAGAUGUUGAAGAACGCAAAAGAACAAAAGCAAAGACUGGAGGAGCUUCUUAACGAAAAGGACAGUCAGUUGCAACGGAAACAAAAUUCACUGACGCGUCUCAGCGAUGAGUUGGUGAAAGCCAACGAAAUUCUAGCAAAGAUUCAAAAUGAACUCGCCUCUACGAAAAACAAAUUGAAACUCCGAACGGGUAUUGCAUUAGAGCAGGAAAGAUUGAUCGACGCAACACACAAGCAAGUUGGCCAGUUGGAAAAUAAAAUUGACACUUACACAAAAGAGGCGAAAGACGCGAAAGCAGAAGUUGAUAAUUUAAAAGAGCAGGUGAAGAACUUGCAAUCGCAAAUCGAGGAGAAAGAUAAGACUAUCAAGAAUAAUGACAAUGUUAUUAGCUGGCUAAAUAGGAGAUUGGCUGAUAAUCAAACGCCUUUGCACAGUGCAUCGAAUGCAGUGACGACAGUACCGGCAUCAAUUCAAUUAACACUACCCCGAACAAAUAAGUUUAUUCCAAAUAGAUUUGAGACACGAACGCCAGCUCCAAGUUCAACCCAAGCAAAUGCCUCUCUCUCGGGACUGACUCUCAGAAAUCCGAUUAUGCAAAAUUCGAAUAUUAACCGAUCAUCAGCCAGAUCUACGGGUGUCGGAGUUGGGGACAUGACAACUGGUAUGAACUUCAAUAAACCUGGACAAAUUUCAAGUACAAGCACGCCUCUCGAUCGUGUGAAUGGUUUGAGUAAAUCGCCCAAUUCCGGAGGCAUGUCGGCGGCGCCUCCAAUUAUUGAAAAUAAUAAUGCUCCCUUCAUGACGAAUGGAAAGGCAAAAAACACGACUAAUUUGCAGGGAGGCCUUCGUCGUUCCGUAAUGGAUAAACCACUUUUGCCAUCGUCGUAUUUUCCCAAGACCCUUCACUAGAUUAAAGAAAGACAGGAAUACAAUAUUAGAUUUUAAGCUAUGACCAGAAACAAAGGAGAACAUACACAAGUGAAAGUACAAAAAUGGACCUGGCGAAAAUGCAAUUGAAAGUCGAAAUAUAGUGAAGUGACUUAAGCCUUUUACUUUUAAAGGAAGACUUUUUAUUGCCAGGUGGGAGACAGUAUUCUAAAGAAUAAUUUGCAGUUUAUAAUAAGCAGUCAUGUUUAUAUUAUAAGUUUUGUACAUAGAUGAAGAAUAAAUAUUUUAUAAAAUGAA